AUGACGGCGUUAUUAUUUGGUUUUGUGAUGAUAGAUAAUCUUCUAUUAUUGUUUAUCAAUAUUUAUAACAUUAUCACACUGUCUGAUCUGGAAACUGAACUGUUGAAUGUUCGAUCAUGUUGUACUAAACUUGAUCAAACAUUCCUUCCAGAAUUUAUACUGCAUUUGAUUUCCACUAUUUUCUUCGUAUUUGGUGGCCAUUGGUUUCUAUUUCUCUUCAAUGUGCCUGUCGAUUUUUGGUUUGCUUACAAAUGUUUAAAUCGACAACCAGGACAAAUAGGUUUCUAUGAUCCAUUGGAAAUUAACAGUCGAAUUCGAAUCAAAGCGAAAAUGCGAGAAUUCAUUAUUCGAUUACCAUUUUACCUCGCAUGUUUUUGUAUUUACCUCUUUAUGUUAGUAUCAUUUCUAAUUGAUAUUUGA